CUUUUUUAACCGUCUUUCACGUGCUUUUCGUAAACAUUUUCCCCACUCUGGUACGAGUAGCAGAUUAGUCAUGAUCAGAACUCACAGGACGUUGAUUUGAAAGAAGGCUAUAAACAAUGAAUACAUCAAGAGCAGCGCCAAUCAUCGUAUUUACGAUUAACAAUGACAAACUGAAGUGACACAACUCCCACGAUUUGUGUGGUUCCUGAAGCAGCUGCGGACACCAUCUGGUGACGUCAUCUUCGCGCGUCGCCUCCUCGCCAUGGAACACGAAUGAAAAUGACGGAAGCAAUUCAGCGGCCAUGAGAAACAUCUACGAGCAAUAGAAGUUCGUUUGCAAACUGUUUUUAAUUUUAAUUUGUUUGGAAUCGGGAGGCAACACAUUAGGUUGGAAAAUGCCCCGCUACGGCCGAAAAAAUCCAAUUCCGGACAGAUGGCUGGACUACAAGGCGGUGGGAAAGCGACUCGGCGGGACUCGUUUUGUGGCUUUCAAGGUUCCUCUCAAGCAGUCUCUAAACCGAGGCCUAGAGCCCGCUCAGGUCUUCGGACCGUGGGAGCUGUUGGACGCCAUGCAGGAAGACCAACAAGAACUGGGACUUGUUAUUGACCUGACCUUCACCACGCGCUACUACGGGCCCCAGGACCUCCCAACUUCACUACGCUGUGUCAAGAUCCCCACGGAGGGUCACGUGGUCCCCGCCGACGGUCACAUCCUGGCCUUUAAACAAGCCGUUCGCCAAUUCCUUCGAGAUAACAUACACAACGACAAGCUGAUCGGUGUCCACUGCACGCACGGACUCAACCGUACUGGCUACAUGAUUUGCAGGUAUCUCAUAGACGUGGACGAGAUGGAUCCUGCCAAGGCCAUAAAAUUGUUUAACUCGAGUCGCGGUCACAACAUGGAGAGAAGCAACUACAUCGAUGACCUUCUCACUGGCCCACGGAGAAGCAACGAGGGCAUAGACGAUCAUCCGCCAACGUCGGUGCCUGGACAAGCCGUCAAUCGGACACCGGCUGCCGGUAGCGCGCCUGCAGGCGGCCGUCGGUGCAGGUACGGGCACCGGUUUGCGCAGGCUCUAAGGCGUCAAGUUCACGCUCACACUCAGUCAUCGGAGCUACAAGUGUGCUUCUCACCAAGGGAUGACGGGGGCAGACGGAAAAGCCAUUGUAAUUGCUAAAUUAAUUUAAGAUUGACACCGUAAUCCUUCAAGCUGAGCGUGUCCAAGUUUUUCGAGAAAGGGAUAUACAUCCGAAUGAAUAAUACUGCACUGGCUAAUAAACAGGUGCUGCAAACUGGAAAUGAAUUUCAGUACGUUGCGGCGUGUAGCUGCCGGGAAGAACACAACUCAAAGAUUGGGGGGGUAUUGAAAAUCUAUAAGGUCACGAAUGUUAUUUGUUUGUUUACACAGAGUGUGUACGAGAGAGAGAGGGAUUCACUCACCGUUUUUUUUUAUCACUUCCUUCAGAUUUUUCUCACCAAGAGCUACAAGACAACAACCGCCUGAGUGGCCCCGAAAUGACAGCCCCCGAUUUUUCCCAAAAGGAGGCAAUAGCCGACACCCACAUGAAUGUCCCCAAUAUGAGCGGCCCCAACAUGAAAGUGCCCAACAUUACCGGCCCCCAAGAAGCAGCCUGCUUCCGUUUCCGCCUGCACAUCCUGCCUCCAUCCCCUCCGGAAGGGCAUUUCCCCAUGCUGCCAACUGGCAGGGUGGGCCCACGCACCUUCGGGACCAUGCACAGCCAACGUGCGUUUGGGGCCGCCCACCGCCACCGCCCACCACCCUCCCACGUUACUGUCCCCAGUGGGCCAACCACCAGAGCACUGAGGAUGAAGGGUGGGGCUAAAACGGAAUGAGAACGUUUUUAGUCUAGAUUUUUGGACCGUAAGAAGCGUCUUAACUCCUGACCUCUGCCAAGGCUGCCAACCUAGCCAUUAGCUGCUGGCUAGCUCUUUCAAUUUUCUUGGUUUGAUCGGGCUCUGAAAUUUGUCUUGGGAGGUUCCAUUUCUGUAUGAAGUCGUCUGUCCCCUGAUUAGGAUGGAUUUGGACUGCUCGUGAUGCAGCCAUGCUUAGAGCAAGCAUUGGCUGCAGUAAGAUAACACCCCGCUGCAAUAUGAUUGGCUGCCCCAUCCAGGUAGGACACACCCUGCUGCUUCUGCUUCAAUGUGGCGGCCAGCGUUGUUAAGAAGCCCACGAACAAAUACUAACUUGUUUUGAAUUUUAAAUAUAUGCCUUAAACUUAAUGAAAAAUACAAGAUAAUUAUAGGAUCACUUAUCAUCCUUUUUUUGUUUUUUUAAAUCAAUUAGAUUUUAAAGUAUUUAAUAAAUACUUCACUUCAAUGCUCCAAUUUUUAUUAGUUUUAAACAUCAUUUUUUUGUAUAUGGAAUACUGUAUUUGUUGAAUGCAGGAUAAAAAAGGUCACAAUAAGUAUUGUUUAAUAAACUUAACUACAAUUCCCAAACAACUGUUUGAUCUCCCUUCUUUAUGGCCAAACAGUUAUCCUGAAAUAUAAAAAUAAACCCCAAAAGCUCAGAGUGUAUCAAAUUUAUUGACAAAGAUGAAAACAUAGGACAUUUUUGAUAGAAUUGUGUUUAUUUUAUAUAUUUUUUUUCAAUCUUAGUUUUGGUUAUUUUGUUAAUAUUUGUUGACUAUAAUGUUGAAUGUGAUGAAUGUCACGUUUCAUAGCGGCGGACCUGAACCGGAAACAAUUGUUUCGUUUUGUUUUGCUCAGUGCAUUAGUCAAACCUCACGUUUUAACAUUUAAACUUCUCACGAUAAAACGUUAAUUUAAAAUGGUUAAAUUUGGUUUUUUUUCCGUGGCCUGGCAGCAGUUGCUUCUGUGUGAUCCAGAUGUCACUGGCCUCCAAAAAGUGUAAAAUGCCAUUACCCUCACAUAACAUUAAGCGGAGUAGUGUAGAUAUUUUGCUGUUGUAAUGUAACCACAGUGACAUUGGCACCAUUCUUGUAACAAUGCGUUAUGUCGUCAGAAGCGAAUGUAACUAAAAUAAUUUCGAGAUUACAUCAUUUAAACGUUUGCAGGAAUAAACUAAAGUGAUGACUGAAA